CAUGUCCUCAGAAGAGCAGCGGCGCGAUGAGGCGGACGAACCGACUGCUUCGCUGAAAGUGAGAGGAGCGGGAGCGCGCAAGUCCGACCGCAGGUGUAGAAGGUUCUGAAGCCUUGACCCAGCAAUCUGUGGAAGAACACUGCUGAUUCUAUGAAAUGGAGAUGUCCAACAUUUCGAAUUCCAAUGGCUCUGAAGAGGACAACGCAGGCACCCUGUUGCCGGAGAGUCCGUACAAGACAGUGGAGGUGGUGUUCAUCGUCCUGGUGGCUGGGUCUCUCAGCCUUGUCACAGUGAUUGGGAACAUCUUGGUGAUGCUCUCCAUUAAGGUCAACAGGAGCCUGCAGACUGUCAAUAACUACUUCCUGUUCAGCCUUGCAUGUGCAGACCUCAUUAUUGGGCUUUGCUCCAUGAACUUGUACACUGUCUACAUCGUGAUUGGCUACUGGCCACUGGGGCCAGUAGUGUGUGAUCUGUGGCUGGCAUUAGACUAUGUCGUAAGUAAUGCCUCUGUCAUGAACCUGCUAAUUAUCAGCUUUGACAGAUACUUCUGCGUAACCAAGCCACUGAGCUACCCUGUGAAAAGGACAACCAAGAUGGCAGGAAUGAUGAUUGCAGCAGCCUGGGUUCUGUCCUUUAUCCUGUGGGCACCAGCCAUUCUCUUCUGGCAGUUCAUCGUAGGGGGACGGACCGUGCCUGAAAGGGAGUGCUACAUCCAGUUCUUUUCCAACGCUGCGGUCACCUUUGGCACUGCCAUUGCUGCCUUCUACCUGCCUGUCAUCAUUAUGACAGUUCUGUACUGGCAGAUCUCCCGGGCCAGCAAGAGCCGUGUGAAGAAGGACACUCGCAAGCCCUCUGGUGCCCAGCAAGAGGCCCUGCUAUCACCCGGUCAGGUGCAGAGUCAUGUCUCCAAGCCCAACAACAAUAACCUGGCAUCAGGGGACAUAGAGAGAAACCAAAGUCAAAACGCAGAGAAAACCACCAAUAAAACUGACAGCAAGCUGCAGAAUGGCAGAGGCCCAUCCACAACUUCAGGAGAUGGAAACGGUGAGGUGGACGAAGGCACGACGGUAGUCUUCGGGCAGAGCGAGGAGAAGGAGAGCUCCAACGACUCUUCUUCUGUCAGUGCAGGGGCAUCUAACCUGAAAGAUGACGAAACGGUGCUGCAGAAGGAGAACUGCAGCGCCAGCCCAAGUCAGCCUCCACCACGCCUUCGGGCCAAGAGCGGUGCCUCCAAGCUCACCUGCAUCAAGAUCGUGACCAAGUCGCCAAAGGGAGACUGCUACACAGCAUCCAGCACCACCGUGGAGAUUGUACCUGGUGCAGAAAAGCAGAAUCUGGUGACGAGGAAGAUUGUGAAGAUGACUAAGCAGCCGCCCCACAAGAAGAAGAAGUCAGCACCUUCGCGUGAGAAGAAGGUCACACGGACCAUCAUGGCCAUCUUGGUGGCCUUCGUGGUUACCUGGACGCCCUACAACGUCAUGGUGCUCAUCAACACAUUCUGCUCCAGCUGCAUUCCCACUACGGUGUGGACCAUUGGCUACUGGCUCUGCUACAUCAACAGCACGAUCAACCCUGCCUGCUACGCCCUCUGCAACGUCACUUUCAAAAAGACUUUUAAACACCUCCUUCUCUGCCAGUACAAGAACAUUAGAUCCACUAGAUGAACACAAGUAUGGCAUUUAGUUUUGUGACAUUUUCUUCAUUUUUCUUUAUUUUUUCUAUAACCUCGUCUAGCACUUUAUAGACAUUCAAACAGGUGAGGAGUAACGCAUUGCCUGCUCUUUUACUACAGUGCACAGAAGAUUCUGGAAUGCAGCAAUAGGGUCAUUGAAACAGUGAAAAAAUUAUGAGGCGUGAAGAAAAUGGAAAUGUCUGGUAUAAAACAAAAAAAGCACAUGUCUUGAAUAACAAAAGAACAACACAACCGUUAUUGAAUUGGAUACUGAUUUUCAACGGAGACAAAAUUACUAAAAUUACGAUGUACCGAAACGCGGUUGGCUUCAUUUGCUUGAAAAUGUGCAGAGAUGGAUGCGACGUGCAUAUUGGCAGCACGCACAAACACAACAAAUCAGAAUUAAAGGCACACUGGGACACCUUGGGACAAUAGGAUCAGUCAAGAGAGUGAAGGAUCUAGCUUUGGAACUUCUGCACUGUUAAAUACUUCACCUAUUCUAUGGGAAUAUAGGGCUGACUGGAUAUACAAACCUUGUGUUUGUAAUUCAGUAAACACUACACCUGUAUAUAUGUGUACAUAUAUAAUUACAUGAUGCGACUGUGUGCAAGUGCAUGUGUGGGUAUGAGUGGUGUGGGGAGUGAUGGAACACUAUACCAAAAGCAAACUCACAGCACUGUUUCAGCAGAACCUCAGCACACGCUCCAAGUUGUUGGUCCUCACGGCGUGAUGUUUCCACCGAAGCGCCCGACAGCAGAAUAGAAGGAGCCCUGAUGGCGUACUGAUGUCCAGGGGCCUCUAACGGUGAGACACCUCCAGGGAUGGCUCAUUCACAUCCUUCAAAGGGACCACCAGUGACAGACAGAUAAAAGCCCCUCAGCUUCACUUUCAGUGUCAGAGAGAGGAAUUACGAUCCUCAUACCGACAAAUCUUGUUCUUCACGCCAAACCCUCGGAAGUGUCUAGCAAUAAAAAAAAGAAAAAACAAACAGAGUCGAAGGGAUACAAUCUGUUACCGAAACAGCCCAUUUUCAGUGUGUCCUGGGUGAAUCUUUCCCUUGAAGGAUUUUUUCCUUGAAGAAGGAGCGAUUACAGUUGGGUGUCUGAGGUUAUACAUUGCAGCAAUAUAUAUUAUCCAUGUCCAGUUAAGGAUCAAAACAGGGUACAGCUUCAUGGUAAAAACUACAGAAAUGUACCCUACUUGCUGUUACUAUUAAUACCACAUCAAUAAACAUGUACCUUUGUUAGGAACUGUGAGAAAAUAUCGCAGUGGAUUGUUUUCAGUAAAACGACAGGACUGAAGGUGUCAGACCCUAAUGCCACCAGUUCAUGCCUUUUUGAUUUAAGGCAUGUUCCUCUACUGACUUUUAAGCGUCUAAAAGUUUUUUUAAAAAAAAAUAAAAAUUGGAGACGCAUGGCUGCACACGUAUUUGCCCUAUGGAUGGAAAUAUUCAGUUAAUCCAUGCAGUCUGUCCGGCGUGCAGAUGUAAAAGCGGAGGGAAGCGGGACUGUGAGUUAGGAUACUGUUCCUCAGAUAUCAGACAUCUUCUGGGCACAAAGGACACUGUUGAUGGCUUGAUAUGAACGCACUUGCUCAAUCGUGUUUUAGAUUUCUUAUGUUAUCACCCUUGAAUGGGGACUAUAACUUAAUCACAGGUAACUGCCUAGUGAUUCAAAGGGCUAGUUUAUGUUAUAAAUGUGUAUGUAAGUUGUCAUCACAAAUAUCCAACAGGCGCUGCAUCAUCUUUUAACCGUACAAUUUUGUUCUCAGUUCAGAUAGAAACCCUUAAACCAUCAUACCAAUACUGUUGUAUAAGGGCACCCGUAUGCAACACUCAUGGAACAUCCAUCCAGUCCUUUCAUAGUCUCUUAAAAUCAUUGUGUAAAUUGAUCAUUUAUUUUUUUUAAA